AUGAGUCCACGCAUAUCAGACAGCCUCCUGGAAAUAGCGUGCUUUAACUACGAAUCGGCCUUAGCUGCUGCGGAAGGCGGGGCAGAUCGCAUCGAAUUAUGCAAAGACUACACUUCCGGUGGCUUAUCGCCUGACACUAAAACCCUCGAACAAAUCAAGUCGCAAAUAACAAUCCCCAUUUACGCGAUGAUUCGGCCACGGGCCGAAAAUUUCUUCUAUGAUGAAGCAGAGUUUGAGUCAAUGAAGAUAACACUGAAUAGUUUAAAAACCAGCGGAGCCGAUGGCUUUGUCUUCGGUAUUUUAAACCAAUUUCCUCACAAAGCUUGCAAUGGGACGGAACAUUGGAUCGAUGUGUCCAGAAACAAAGCGCUUGUGCAAUUAGCCGAAGGUCACCCUUGUACCUUUCAUCGCGCGUUUGAUGUUAUCCCUGAAGCUCAUUGGGCGACCGCGUUGGCGGACAUCAAAGAUUGUGGCUUUGCAUCGCUCCUCACGAAUGGAGGCCCAUCGGGAAUCAAAGCAGCUGAGUGCACUGAUCAGUUGGCAAAGUUAGUGGCCUGGAAGCAAACUAGCGACCAUCAAGCCAUUUGUCCUGUUAAAAUCAUUGUUGGUGGUGGAGUGAGAUCAUCGAACAUCGGCAUGCUUCUUGAGGCGACAGGGGCUUCCGCAUUUCACUCUGCCGCUCUCCUGGACUCAAACGGAUUGGCCUCCAAGGAUGAGGUGAGAAAGAUGAAAGCCAUGACAACAACGGUGGGAGGCUUAUUGAACGAAUGA